CGGCUGUGCAUCAUGUGCGGAAAGCCUGUGCGAGUGUUUUAUGCGGAAGCCUAGCAAGGAAGACCGCACUAUUCAGCUUGGAACGCCGAGCGUCGUAUGGUGUUCGCUGUUCUCGCUGCAGCCGUCAGUUCCGUCGACAGAGUGACCUGAGUCGUCAUCUCCGUUUCUGCUCCUGACAAUGACUCUGGCUCCUUUCGGAGUGGUGUGGCCCUUGUGGCAACCAAGCUACAGUAGUAGUAGUAGUAGUGUGUGUGUGUGUGUGUGUGUGUGUGUGUGUGUGUGUGUGUGUGUGUGUGUGUAUGUGUGCGCAUGCGUGUGCAUGUUUGUGUGUUCCGCAUUGUGCAAUGGCACUCGUGUAUACAUUGUAUAUGCCACGGGUUACUAGUAGUAUUGUAUGCACGGCAUUCUUCUCGUUUUUCUUUCCUGAUUAAUACGUGCACGCGGACUGUGAUUUGCCUUUCUGCUGUGAUAUACGAUAUGCUUCCCGUGUCCUGGAUGAUGUACUUCGAAGUACCAUGGUGUUUGUAUUAGGGGUCAAACGGGUGUACCUUUAACUAACGAACGGGUACUUUUCUUAACGGGCGGGUUAACGGAUACCCUUUAGCAGCCAUGUUGAAUUUUUUGCCCAAUUUUCACAUAAAUCAAGAUUUUAAUUCAUCUGUUCUCGGGUUGCAUUUUGAUAUCACAUAGUCAUUGUGAUUUGUAAAUCGAUUGGUGUCUGAUAGUCGCAGGAGUAGAUCUACUACUUCGAAGUAGGUGCGAAAAUGCAACAAUGCAGACAUCCAGCGUGGAGUUGUAAAUAAUUGACUCCCCCCUGGAAUACACGAUCCCAGCAGUGUUGCUCCGUACUGACUGGUUCAUCAAAAUCCAAACGGGUACCCUUUUACUAACGGUACCUGAGAUUAACGGUCGGGUACCCAGGUACCCGGCACACCCCUUUGACCCCUAGUUUGUAUUUGCUUUGUGUUGUGCUCUCCAGGUUCUUUUCCACCAGUUCAAAUUCUUCCUCAACCUGUACUUUCUGCUUGUAGCACUAACUCAGUUCAUUGAUGCUCUCCGAAUAGGUUAUCUGUACACCUAUUGGGCCCCUCUGGGAUUUGUACUCUUUGUCACAAUGGUACGGGAAGCAUGGGAUGAUGUACAGCGCUGGCGACGUGAUCGUGAGAUGAAUGAGCAGAAGUACAAGAAGUUGACGAGGCAAGGCGUCGUCACCAUUGCCAGCUCUGAGAUUCGCGUCUCUGAUAUUUUACUUGUGGAAAAGGACCAACGUGUCCCUGCUGACCUGAUUCUGUUGAGGACGACGGAAUCCACAGGGUCGUGCUUCAUCCGAACGGAUCAGCUCGAUGGAGAGACGGAUUGGAAGCUUCGAAAUGCUGUGCCAGCCACACAGAGACUCAUGCAAGAUAAGGAGGUCUUUGACAUCAGUGGAGUCGUGCAUGCUCAGAAGCCGGACAAGGACAUUCACAAUUUUGUGGGCCGUUUCACUUAUGGCGGCGGCAGUACAGCACAACGUUUGCCACUCAACAUUGAGCACACCAUGUGGACAAACACGGUGGUAGCGUCAGGUACUGCGGUAGGUCUGGUGAUGUACACUGGACAUGAAACACGCUCUGCUAUGAACACAUCCACUCCGCAAACCAAGAUUGGCCGUAUUGACAUGGAGAUCAAUCGUCUGACCAAAGUCCUGUUCCUGCUGACAAUGGCGCUGUCGUUCUCGCUCAUUGCCCUGAGAGGUCUCAACGUCAGUGGUGCACACAUCGAGUUCUUUCGCUUUGUACUACUCUUCUCGUCCAUCAUUCCUAUCAGCCUCCGUGUGAAUCUGGACCUGUCUAAAAUCUUCCAUUCUUGGUCCAUCGGGCGUGAUAAGCAAAUAGAUGGAACGGUGGUGCGUAGCAGUACCAUACCCGAGGAACUCGGACGCAUUGUGUACUUGCUGUCUGACAAGACAGGCACACUCACGCAGAAUGAAAUGGUGUUCAAGCGACUGCACCUUGGUACUGCUUCCUAUACGUCUGAUACUGUGGAUGAGAUUGUGAGCCAUGUUUCGGCCACGUACCCUGCUGGUGAGACCGGUCCAGUGCAUGGUGCUCGCUCUGGCAAGGCUCGCAAGACCGAGGCAUCCCGCGCUCACGAUGCCGUGCGUGCCAUAGCGCUCUGUCACAACGUUACGCCGGUGGUCGAUGACGCCGACACUGCUCACAUGCCGCAGGCCUCGAACAGUGCAGACAUGGAGUCGUCCUUCUCCGCUAAUCACGGUGCGCUCGCGGCUGACUCCCACGUGCCCGUCACGUACCAAGCGUCUAGUCCUGAUGAAGUGGCUCUCGUAUCUUGGACGGAGAGCGUUGGACUGGCUCUUGUUGAACGGUCUCAGCAACACAUUGUACUGCGUGCUCCAAACAACCAGCGUCUUCGCUUUGAUAUCCUGCAGGUGUUCCCGUUCUCGUCGGAAACUAAGCGCAUGGGAAUCAUUGUGAGGGACUGUGCCACUAAUGAGAUCACAUUCUACAUGAAAGGUGCUGAUGUCGUCCUCACCAAGAUGGUGGAGUACAAUGACUGGCUUGACGAAGAAUGUGGUAACAUGGCUCGGGAGGGACUGCGCACUCUGGUUGUUGCCAAGAAGUCUCUCAGCGAGGAGCAGUACAAGGAUUUUGAGGGUCGUCUGAAGCAAGCUCAGCUGAAUGUGGUCGACCGUGACACUGAAGUGCGCCGGGUCAUUGCCACAAUCGAAACUGAUCUACAGUUGCUUGCUUUGACCGGAGUGGAGGAUAAAUUACAAGUGGAUGUCCGACCAACCCUGGAGUUAUUGCGCAAUGCAGGCAUAAAAGUAUGGAUGUUGACUGGUGAUAAGUUGGAAACAGCGCGGUGUAUAGCUGUCAGCUCACGCCUGGUUGGUCGCGAUCAGCCUAUGCAUACGUUCGGUGAAGUGGCCAAUCGUGCCGACACUCAUCGAGAGUUGAACGCUUUCCGACGCCGCAGCGGUGCUGCUCUUGUCAUACCGGGUCAAGCUCUGGAGAUAUGCUUGCUGCACUAUGAGAGUGAGUUUGUGGAGCUGGCAUGCCAGUCGCCUGCCGUUGUUGUCUGCCGGUGCUCACCUGACCAGAAAGCCUCCAUUGUAUACCUACUGAAGAAGCAUACGCGCAAACCAGUCGCAGCCAUCGGAGAUGGAGGAAAUGAUGUCAGCAUGAUUCAAGCUGCCGAUGCAGGCAUUGGCAUUGUUGGAAAGGAAGGCAAGCAAGCCUCACUGGCUUCAGACUUCUCCAUCACACAGUUCAAGAACGUUGGUCGGCUGCUGGUAUGGCAUGGCCGGAACAGCUACAAGUGCUCGGCCGCUCUCAGUCACUUUGUCAUGCACCGCGGCUUGAUCAUAUCCGUCAUGCAGGCAGUCUUCUCUGCUGUGUUUCUCUUUGUCUCCAUACCUCUCUAUGAAGGAUUUCUUCUUGUUGGUUACAACACAUUCUACACAAUGCUGCCGGUCUUCUCCCUGGUGCUGGACAAGGAUGUGAAGGAUGAGACCGCUCUCAUGUACCCUGAGCUCUAUAAAGUCUUGAUGAAGGGUCGCACGCUGAAUUUGAAGACGUUUUUACAGUGGGUGCUGAUCAGUACAUACCAAGGUGGUAUACUGAUGUACGGCGGUAUCCUACUAUUCGACGCCAACUUCAUUCACAUUGUUGCCAUCACGUUCACCGCUCUCAUUCUGACUGAGUUGCUGAUGGUGGCGCUGACUAUACGGACAUGGCACUGGCUAAUGGUGGUUGCCGAGAUUGGCAGUCUUCUGCUCUAUGUCAUAUCCCUGGCUGUGUUCAAAGACUAUUUUGAUUCCCAAUACCUGCUGAGAGGAGAGUUUGUGUGGAAGACUAUUGUCAUCACUCUUGUCAGCUGUCUCCCUCUCUACGUUCUCAAGUUUAUCCGCACGCGGUAUGCGCCGCCCAUCUACAAGAAGCUGCAAGAAUAGUUAGUCUUUGCUUCGCUUUGUUUUUCCGUAACCACGUUUCUGUAUUCUUUUCUUUCUAUCAGUCUGUCUGCCCGCCCGUCUGUCUGUCUGUCUGUCUGUCUGCCCGCCUGUCUGCCUGUCUUGCUGUUGUACAUAUCAUAGUGUGAUAUGAGCAGCACUACCUGCAUCAUUCUCACCUCCUCAGUCAUGAACACCAGUGGGCGGAUCCAGCAAUCUCUACAGCAGUACAGGGAGGUUCCAAUUUAGUCAAAACUACAUAGCGGAUACAUGUACAUGUACGCGCAUAUGGUUUCCAGUAGCGUAUAGAUGAAACUUUGGGGUUCCACGCUGGAACCCCUCCUGGAUUCGCCCCUGAACACUUGCUAUGCAUGUAUUUGCUCAGGAGAGUAAUGUUGAAGACCCCAUGUGUAUUUGCUGCAUAAGUAUCCUGCACUAUAAGCUACAGUGUACAUGAGGGGACACUGCUGGGCCAAACUCAUUCAAUGUGCUGUUUUUAAAAACAGAUUUAGGCACCUGUAUUAUUUCAGCAGUCAUAUUUGCCUUCGUUGGGUUUCUCUAUUCCGAAUUUUUUUCUCAGCACACAAAGUAGGUAUUUUCGAAAAAAAAUUAUGAUUUUAUUGAUGGAAGGAAUUUUGUGCCGGCCAUGAAACACAUUUAUUUUAUUGAAUUUUAGCUAACUGUUUACUGUUGUAUUUCAAACACUGCGGCUCUCUUGUUCCACUUUAUCGAUUCCUCAAAGCAUGUUUUCGAUUCCUGAUAGCCACCGUUGUGUGCCUAGAUCAUUGUCACAGAUGCCACAUGCAAACAUUUGUUUCAGAGUCUGGCUUCAAGCACGAGUACAUUGGCCAGGGUAACUUGA